CCAGUCCGCUGGUGGGUCGGUCAGUUGGUCGGUGGGUCAGUGACCUGCAGCUUGGCUCUCAGCUCUCAUGUUCGGAGGUGGGAAGGACACGGGAGCGGCCCGCACACCUGAGCCGCCCGGAGGAGUCCCGCACCCAGUAGGAGGAGGAGGAGGACGCUGAGCAGGGAGAAGGAGUCAUGGCUUCUGAGGCCAGCCACGCGCUGGCAGCUGCCCUGGAGCAGAUGGACGGGAUCACUGCAGGCACGAAAACGGGUGCAGAUACUGGUGACGGUACCUGUGAGCCUGGACUGGCCUCCCCGGCCUCCUACUUGAGCCCCUUGCCAGUGCUCCAUCUCGUGGAGGACCUGAGGCUGGCCCUGCAGACGCUGGAGCGUCCUCAGGAGAGAGCGGCGCUCCUGAGCCAGAUCCCGGGCCCCACAGCCGCCUACAUAAAGGAGUGGUUCGAGGAGAGCUUGUCCCAGGUAAAUCACCACGGUGCUGGUAAUAAUGAAACAUACCAGGAACGCUUGGCACGUCUAGAAGGAGACAAGGAAUCCCUCAUAUUACAGGUGAGUGUCCUCACAGACCAAGUGGAAGCCCAAGGAGAGAAGAUUCGGGACCUGGAGGUGUGUCUGGAAGGACACCAGGUGAAACUCAAUGCUGCUGAAGAGAUGCUUCAACAGGAGCUGCUAAGUCGCACAUCUCUUGAGACUCAGAAGCUCAAUCUGAUGACUGAAGUGUCUGACCUGAAACUCAAGCUGGUUGGCAUGGAGAAGGAGCAGAGAGAGCAGGAGGAGAAACAGAGAAAAGCAGAGGAGUUACUGCAAGAGCUCAGGCGCCUCAAAAUCAAGGUGGAAGAGUUGGAAAAUGAACGGAAUCAGUAUGAGUGGAAGCUGAAGGCCACUAAGGCUGAAGUGGCCCAGCUGCAGGAGCAGGUAGCCCUGAAAGAUGCAGAAAUUGAGCGUCUACACAGCCAGCUCUCCCGGACUGCAGCUCUCCACAGUGAUCAUGCAGAGAAAGACCAAGAAAUUCAACGUCUGAAAAUUGGGAUGGAAACUUUGCUUAUUGCCAAUGAAGAUAAGGACCGCCGGAUUGAGGAGCUCGCGGGGCUGUUAAACCAGUACCGAAGGGUGAAGGAGAUCGUGCUGGCAGCGCAAGGGCCUUCAGAAAGAAAUCUCUCAAUCAAUGAAGAAGAGCUGGAGGGAAGUUUCAGAAAGUGGAGCACUGCAAACAAAGGCCCGGAAGAGAUGCCUCCAAGAUGUAGCUCUCCUGUAGUGGGGCCACCUCCACUUCCACAGAAAUCACUGGAAACCAGGGCUCAGAAAAAACUCUCCUGUAGUCUAGAAGACUUUAGAAGUGAACCUGUGGAUAAGUGUGUCAACGGGAACAAACUGUCCCUGGUCGGAGAACCCAAGGACAACACUUUCCUGGCGGAGCACAAAUACCCCACGUUACCUGGGAAGCUUCCAGGAGCCAUGCCCAAUGGAGACGCUACCAAAUCUACUCCCACCACUCCCAAGCUUGACCCCACAGGCAACAGCCUGCGCAGGCUUAGAGACACAGAAAGCGGUUGGGAUGAUACUGUUAUGGCCAACGACUUCUCAUCCAUGUCAUCUGGUACUGAGUCGGGUCCCCAGUCUCCCCUGACACCAGAUGGUAAACCGAGUCCCAAAGGCAUCAAGAAAUUCUGGGGAAAAAUCCGAAGAACUCAGUCAGGAAAUUUCAACACUGACGUACCGGGGAUGGCGGAGUUUCGGCGAGGUGGGCUCCGGGCGACUGCAGGGCCAAGGCUCUCUAGGACAAGAGACCCCAAGGGUCAGAAAAGUGACCCCAAUGCCCCCUUCGCCCAGUGGCCUACGGAGCGCGUGUGCUUGUGGCUGGAGGACUUCGGCCUGGCUCAGUACGUGAUCUUUGCCAGACAGUGGGUGACUUCUGGCCACACUUUACUGACCGCUACCCCUCAGGACAUGGAAAAGGAGCUAGGAAUUAAGCACCCUCUUCACAGGAAGAAGCUGGUUUUAGCAGUAAAAGCCAUCAACACCAAGCAGGAGGAGAAGUCUGCACUCCUAGACCGCAUCUGGGUGACACGUUGGCUUGAUGAUAUUGGCUUACCCCAGUACAAAGACCAGUUUCAUGAAUCCAGAGUUGAUGGAUGUAUGCUGCAGUACCUGACUGUGAAUGAUCUACUCUCCUUAAAAGUCACCAGCCAACUACAUCAUCUCAGCAUCAAAUGUGCCAUUCACGUGCUGCACGUCAACAAGUUCAACCCCCACUGCCUGCACCGGCGGCCGGCUGAUGAGGGUAACCUUUCUCCUUCAGAAGUUGUGCAGUGGUCCAACCACAGGGUGAUGGAGUGGCUGCGGUCCGUGGACCUGGCGGAGUAUGCACCCAACCUUCGUGGGAGCGGCGUCCAUGGAGGUCUCAUUAUCCUGGAGCCACGCUUCACUGGGGACACCCUGGCUAUGCUACUCAAUAUCCCCCCACAAAAGACGCUCCUCAGACGCCACCUAACUACCAAAUUCAAUGCUCUGAUUGGUCCUGAGGCUGAGCAGGAGAAGCGGGAGAAAAUGACCUCACGAGCUUACACACCACUGACCACCACAGCCAAAGUCCGGCCAAGGAAACUGGGAUUCUCACAUUUUGGAAACAUAAGGAAAAAGAAGUUCGACGAAUCGACGGACUACAUCUGCCCGAUGGAGCCCAGUGACAGUGUCGGUGACAGGGUCUACAGUGGCUACCGGGGCCUCGGCCCACUCGAUGGCCCCGAAGUGGAUGGGCUGGACCAGCACUCAUGGAAAUAUACAAGCUUGGACACAGGUCCCGAGACCUUGGACCACGCCAAGGGCUCACUCUCAGGCCCGUCCACUGUGCUUCAGUUGAGGGGCAAUCUCAAGUGCCUUAGGCCUGUGCCACUGUCUCGGCUGUGAUCCAAGGGACAGCAGCAGGGAUUUCUGCCGCCAUGACAGUGUCACUGUGCUGUGCCUUACUACAGAGGUGGUCACGUCCUCCUGGUAAUAAAACAAUAUUUAUGUGGAAAGCAA